UAUGACUCGAGCCCUCUCCAUCCUCUCCUAAAGCCUCUGACUUUGCGCAUGUUCAGGCAAACUGAACAUUUCAUCGACUCCAAGAUGGCGUUAACACCACUGGCUUGCGUUCUGCUUCUCCUUUCCAUGCAGUGUUACAUCAACACCUUUGCAGUCAUCCUUAAGACAAGGAAUCCUAAACCAUGGGUCAAUGAGUUUGAAUCGGUCGAGCUGUCCUGCAUGAUAGAGUCAAUCUCCACUUCUAAUCCCAGAAUAGAAUGGAAGAAGAUUAAGAUGGGAGAGCCCAGUUAUGUAUACUUUGAUAAAGAAAUAGCAGGUGACUUGGAAAAGAGAGCGAGUAUUCGAGAAUCUGCGACCUUGGUCAUUCUCAACGCAACAAGAGCCGACACUGCUGAUUACCGCUGUGAAGUCACUGCCCCAAAUGACCAGAAAUCCUUUGAUGAGAUUUUAAUAUCACUCACUGUAAGAGUGAAACCCGUCGUGCCCAGAUGCUCCGUACCCAAGUCCGUCCCGGUAGGCAAACCAGCAGAGCUGCAUUGCUUGGAGUACGAGGGCUACCCGAAGUCCCAUUACCAGUGGUUCCGCAACAAGGAGGAAAUCCCAGAGGAUCCUAAGAGCAGCCCAAAGUUCUUCAAUUCCACUUACACCUUGAGCAGACAGAUGGGCACUCUGAAAUUCAGUGCGGUCAAGAAGGAGGACGCUGGAGAAUACUACUGCAGAGCCAGGAACGAGGCCGGGUUCUCAGAAUGUGGACCACAGAUGAUGGAAGUUUAUGACAUCAACAUUGCUGGAAUCAUCCUGGGUGUAGUGGUCGUGGUGACCGUCCUUCUGUGUAUAACUAUGGGCAUCUUCUGUGCCUAUAAACGUGGCUACUUCACCAGCCAGAAGCAGACGGGGAAGAAUUACAAAGCUCCAGAAAAAGGAGAUGGAGUGGACUAUGUCAAAACAGAGAAUGAGGGGGAUUUCCGACACAAAUCCUCAUUUGUCAUCUGAGAGGAGGAAGACGGGUGAUGGAAGAAAUGCGGAAUUACGUUGAAAUUUACUGCCGCUAUUAUACCUCGCAGACACAAAUCCCCAAAUGAGGACAUCAACGUCAGAGCUGCCAUUGCACGUGCCUCGCUUCACGGCAUAUCUGCAACAAUACAGUUUGUAUUUGCCAAAGGUGACAAAUAAUCAUGUCUGAUCACUGUUUAAAGACACUGUUUAGAGAUGUUACUUGUUUGAACUUUUACACCCCUUUUUUCAAAAAUGUUGUCUAUUGGAAAAUUUCAGUAGAAAUCAAUAUACAGUAAGAAAACGUUUUCCUCAAAUUCUUCUGUCAUUUUCGAUAACAUUUAUUUUGUACUAGGUAAAUUUGUCAGAAUAUUUUUUGAUGGAAUAUAUUUUCAAAUGCCUACAGAAAAAAAAAAUAGUUUUGCUUUUUUAAAUAUUUGUAAAAUACUAACCUGGAAGCCAGUACUUUUUGGUUUUUAGACUAAUUUGGUUGUGAAUGAAACCAUUUCCACCAAGUUCACAUCCUCUGUUUUACUCAUUCAACAAACAGACAAUGUAUCAGACCACUGGACGUGUGGAUGUUUUAUUUUCCAUUUAGAUUUCAAAAUCUUUCAAUUGUAUAUCCAGCGACACUGGCUUCAAUCAAAGGUCUUAUGUACAGUACUUACUAUACUGCUGGGAUUUUAUGUUAAUAGUGAAAGGACGUUCCAUGUUCAUGUUUGUAGAUUGAUUUAGACAGUGAGUAUCUUCAGAAAAACACCAGCAAAAAAGCUGGAGAAUAUUUUGAAAGACCAGUGCUGUGUAUCCUUGAUUUGAAGUGUCCUUCUAUUCUAGUUGUUUAUCUUGUAUAUAGUGAAUAUACUGACUAGGUUGUUUAUUUUUCUAUUAUAAUUUUCUUUUCUCUCUCUCUACGUCUUUUCUUUUUCUUAUUUGAGAGAGAGACACUCUCUAUGUUACUUUUUAACUUAACAGGGUUUGUUUGUUGGUUAAGUGUAUUGGUUGUAUAUAGAUCCACUGUGAGCUGCAAUGUGCAUAAUAAGUUUAUGGUUUAACCAAAUGUUGAAUGAGGCAAAUAUGACAAUCUUUCCUUGGAAAACUAAUCUUUUCAUGGGAGAGAGGGGAUCUGCCUUAUUAAAUACAUAACAAAAAACA